AUGGGGAAGCAAACACCGAAGAUGUCGUCCAGGGUGGUUAACGCCAUCAGGAAUCUGAGGGAGGCUCACGGGUCCACGUCGAAAGAGAUCAUGAAUUAUAUCAUGUCGCAGUGCAACGUUCACGAGUCGACCGUGAACAGACAGGUAGCUUCGCUUCUUCAUGCACGCGGCGUUGAAACGCGGUUUGGACUACGGUAUCCUGAAGAAGGCCAACGGCCACUAUUUCCUCAACACGGACCCGGAUUCCCAGCUCACGUCGAACAUGAUGCCGACCGAGCAGGCGAGAAGAAGGGGGCGAAGAAGACGAAGCAGAGGUCGGCGGAGAAGAGGUCGUCGAAGGAGGCGCAGGAGAAGCAGAAGGAGAGGGCGCAGAAGACGCAGAAGCAGUCGUCGCCGUCGCCGUUCGACGAGGAGGAGGGGCCGUACGACGAGAACGAGGCGGAUGGCGUGCACGAGAUGCAGGUGCACCAAGAGGACCAGGGACAUAGUUGCCCUGAAUAG